AUGGCCAACGCGUCGGUCGCCUGGGACCUCCCACCCCUCCCGAGUUACACCCUCUCCGUACGGCAACCAGUACUCGCCCCCAUCCCUGACAAUGUUCUGGCCUUGGCGCUUCCCAUCAUCGCCUACUGGGUGAUGUCUAUGCUCUAUCACUUUUUCGAUGUUUACGGAUACUUCGAACAAUACCGCCUACACACCCCCGCCGAGGUAUUGAAGCGCAACCGCGUGACCCGCUGGGAAGUUGUGCGCGACGUUAUCCUGCAGCAAGUGAUCCAAACAAUCGCAGGCAUGUCCGUGGCCUACUUUGAUCCCGUUGAAACAGUUGGCCGUGAGGAAUAUGACGUGGCAGUUUGGGCACAGCGACUAAGACUUGCCCAGCGGGCUAUUCCCCCCAUGCUGGCUCUGAUUGGCGUGGACGCCGCGGGUCUGGCAAAGUCAGUGUCUCAAAACGGACACACGCUGCUAGCCGGAGCUUUAGCAGGGGGUUCCUAUCCAGAUCUGCUGCAAUCGCUCAUCCUCGACAGCGGGGCCGAGGUAUCCGCGCCAGCCUUCGCUCGUUGGGAGUUGGCCUUGGCGAGCUUUAUUUACUGGUACUUAGUGCCGGCGCUUCAGUUCAUGCUUGCGAUCUCCAUCGUCGAUACUUGGCAAUACUUCCUGCAUCGGGCGAUGCACCUUAACCGGUGGCUCUAUGUGACUUUCCACUCUCGUCACCACCGACUGUACGUCCCUUACGCUUUUGGUGCCCUGUACAACCACCCUGUGGAGGGCUUCCUCUUAGACACUGCUGGCACCGGAAUUGGCUUUUUGGUUUCUGGCAUGAGCAAUCGACAAGGCAUGUGGUUCUUCACCAUGUCGACUAUCAAGACUGUUGAUGACCACUGCGGCUACGAAUUCCCCUGGGACCCCUUGCAGCACUUCACUUCGAACAACGCCGCCUACCACGACAUCCAUCACCAGAGUUGGGGCAUUAAGAGCAACUUCUCUCAACCCUUCUUUAUAUUCUGGGACCGUCUGCUCGGUACACAAUGGACAGGGGAUACCAAGUCUCGCUAUGAGCGUGCUCGAGAUACCGCUCAGAAGCAAUUGGAUCUGGACGCUGCCAAGGCUACCGAACUAGCCGAGGAAAUCGAACAUGAACCGGCGGUGGUCUCAUCCGAUGGCCCAGCAUCCCGGACUAGGCUGCGCCGGAAGACUGUUGACAGUCUAAAAGGACCAAGUCACGGAGUACCCGGCAGCGUCCUCCACAAUUAA